AUGGCUCAAAAGUAUGAAUAUUCCUACAAGGACACAGAUUUACCAUUUUGGCUUGAUGAAUUAACUAAAGAUGUGAAAGAGACGCAUAUAAAUGAUUCAUUAAAUGAACCCAUUUAUGACCCAUAUAAUCUCAAAUAUGAUUACGGGACAGAUAAUCAAAGGACCCGAAGAACGUCAUUAGAUCUAGAUUUGCUAUUGAAGUCUGAAUCGAAACCUAUAGCACAUUCGGCGGGAACGUUACGAUACAAUCAAAACAAUGUACAUAAACAAAAUGGAAGAAGAAAAAAUUCCACAAGUAAAACGGAAUGGGGAGACGCAAAAGAUGAAAUAAACACCGAUUUCCUAACAGACCUUUUACCGCACUACGUUACACCACGCCACAAGAGAAUGAGUUUGGACAACGACUUCAAUGACGUCAUUGUUGGACCGCGACUUCAAAAUGCAUCAAAAAACCUUAAUAAAUUUGCGAAAGAUACAAAGGUCACAAAUACAAAAUCUAAUUAUACGAAAGCUAGUUUAGAGGAUGAUAGGAAAAGUGAAUUUGUGAUACCGGAGACACCGGAGGGACGAUUGUUGGAGAUAAAAAUAUAUUCCAAUUGGGGUGACAAAUAUUUGGUUGGAUUAAAUGGUAUUGAAUUGUUCGAUUGUAAAGGUGAACCGGUAAUAAUUGAUAAGAUUUGGACUGAUUCAGACACCGGUGACCACUCAAAGUUUGGUCACAUAGAUAAUAUAAUAGAUGGUGUUGUAAGAACUCGAGAUGAUAAACACGCGUGGAGUGCGCCUGCGCCUCAAGGAUUGCCCAUUGCGUUGACCGUUUUAUUAGCCAGAACCACGAAAUUGGCUUUACUUAGAAUUUGGAAUUACAAUAAAUCGCGAAUAUAUUCAGCUCGCGGUGUUCGUUUGGUUCAAAUAAAGUUGGACGAUCAAGUUAUAUUCCAAGGAGAGAUAGCAAGAGCAAGUGGUGAACUCAAAGGAAAUCUACCCACACUAGGAGACACGAUUCUUUUCACGAAAGACGUGGCGAUAUUGGAAGCGAUUUUUGAAAAUGAUAAGAAUUUUCAAGCAUUACUAAAGGAUAAUGAUCCGUUAGUUGAAUUAAACACAGCUGAUCGUCCAACUACAGCUAAUGAUAGUAAAAAUAAUUCACCAAAAGUUAUAGAAGAACCAAAAGCUUCCGAAGAAAAUGAAUAUUUGGCAAAGGAGAUAAAGUUGACUUUAAUGUCGAAUUGGGGUCAAAAAAAUUUGAUCGGAUUAACAGGAAUCGAUAUUCUUCAUAAUAAUACACCAAUUAACAUAAUUCGGAGUUAUGCCUAUACAACAUAUGCAGCGGACGAUAAAAAGCUUGAAUAUGGAGUUAUUGAUUGUAAAAAUCUAUUUAAUGGAAGAAAUAUAACAACAGAGUUUGAAGAUAUGUGGUGCACUAACUUUACGCCUGAGUCAAAAUUUUGUCAUAUUGUCAUGGAGUUGCCGGAUCAUACUAAGGUAACUGGAAUUCGUAUAUGGAACUACAACGCUAACAUGGAAUUAUCGUAUAUCGGUGCGAAAGACUUGGGCGUAUCACUAGAUGGCGUUUUGCUAAAUCAACGUCCGAUUCUAUUACGGCGUGCGCCUGGCGAUACAUUUUACGAUUAUUUGCAGCAUAUAGAUCUCUCUGCAAUGGAUGACAGGACAAAUUACGCUGACAACUUGGACCAUGCGUUUGAAAGUAAUUUGAACUCGGGAGCUCCGACAGGUUUUGUUUUGCAAUUGAAUAUAUUUUCAACUUGGGGUGACCCGUACUAUGUUGGCCUAACUGGGGUAGAACUUUAUGAUCCGCAAGGAAAUUUAAUUGAAGUUACUGAAAGUAAUGUUUGCGCUCAGCCGGCAAGUGUAAAUGUUCUCGACAGUGUCGCUAGGGAUGUGCGCACGCCGAGUAAACUUAUCGAUGGUCACAACACUAAUGCAGCCGAUGGACAGCACUCUUGGCUUGCUCCUAUUCUUCCAGAAACUCUUAACAGAGUUUUCUUUGUUUUCGAUGCUCCUGUAUCUGUUUACGGUAUGAAGAUUUGGAAUUAUGGUAAAACGCCAACUCGAGGUGUUAAGGAAUUUGGGGUACUGAUAGAUGAUUUGUUAGUUUUUAACGGAAACAAUUUGACACCGAGUCCAUCCGAUUCAAGUCAACUAACAACGACAAGUGGUUCAUCACAAUCUGUGGAUCAAAACGACAGACCGUACACGAGCGUAUACGCUGUGCGAGCGAGAAAAUAUAUUUAA